UAUUGGUCCCUCCCACUCUGAAAUGUCUUGCUGUGGCCAUUUUACACUUGGUUCCCUGAAAAAUAAUUACACUUGGCUCACGGAAAAAAAUAAAACACCAUUCUCACUUGGGUUUCAACGUGACAUGCAAAGAACUGCUUUUGGUUACUUGUGGCGCUGAGAAUUAAAUGCUGUAACCAAAUAGAAGAAGGACCAGGAGCAGUCAGUGGAUCAGCAUGGACUAUGAACAGAGGGGUGGGCGAGGUGACCGCACAGGUCGCUAUGGCAACUUUAGGGACAUGGACUACAGAGGCUAUGGACAGGAGGACGAGGAGGCAGAAACAAACAGACCAUACAGUCGUGAUGAGCAAUCACUGGGUGCCCGUGACUUCCAAGACCACUCAGGCUUUCACCAGAGAGGAGAUGGGCGAGGGGAUAUUGGCCAUGAGGGAAAAGGUCUCCUGUGGCCCCCUUGCUCUCAGUCACAGCCUGAUCUAGUCCUUCCCUUGCUCCAGGGAGGGGAGGAGGGAUCCAGGCAGGUAUUUGAGCAGUUAAGGACUGGCUUGCACGAAAGGGGUCGGGGGAAGGGUGGAAGAGGCUUUCCUGAGAACAGUGCCCCUCAUUCAGGAAACAGGGAUGUCAGCUGGGCUCGUGGUGGUGCCCAUACUGAAGCGAUGGAAUACAAUGCAGCAAGACAGAGAGAGGAGGACAGGUUCUCUCGUGGUGCAUUGAAGAGGAGGGCUUUUCCAGUGGGGCCAGAGGAGCAUAGUUGUGGGACUGCUGGUUCAGACUUGUCCCUUGAGGAUUUGGAUCAGAGGGACCAGGACUAUCGUGCAGAUCUAGAACACAACCAGAGGCCAAGCAACAUCAUAAUGCUUCGCAUGCUGCCACCCAACGCUACCGCUAAUGAGAUCCGAGCACAACUUCAGGAACAGGGAAUCCAGCCAAGAGAGGUUCGCCUCAUGAGGAACAAGUCUUCAGGUCAGAGCCGAGGAUUCGCCUUCGUCGAGUUUAAUGUCAUACAGGAGGCCACCCGCUGGAUGGAGACCAACCAGGGAGUGCUGUUGAUUCUGGGACAAAGAGUGUCAAUGCACUACAGCGACCCAAAACCACGUGCCAACGAGGACUGGCUCUGCAACAAGUGUGGUGUGCAAAACUUUAAAAGGAGAGAGAAGUGCUUCAAAUGCAGUGUGCCUAAAUCAGAAGCUGAGCUGAAGUUGCCCCAGUUGCAGAGGGACUUGCCUGGUGGUCUUCAAAAGGAGGGAGCCCAAGGCUUAUUGCCCUUGCCACCACCUUACCACUCUUCUGGUCCUGCUGUCAACCCAGGACAGGCUACACAGCAGGCAGAUGUUGCCAAUGAUACUCUGAUACUACGAAACCUUGGACCACAUACUUCGUUGGAAGCUAUCUUGUCUGCUUUGGCUCCAUUUGCAACUCUCUCCCCUUCCAAUGUUCGCCUAAUCAAGGACAAGCACACACAUUUAAACAGGGGCUUUGCCUUUCUACAGCUGUCUACCAUUGUGGAGGCAUCUCAGCUGCUCCAGAUCUUGCAGGCUCUCCAGCCAGCUCUCUCAAUUGACGGGAAGACUAUUGUGGUGGAGUUUGCCAAAGGCUCCAAACGUGAUGUGUUCCUGACGGAUGGCAACAGAGUGAGUGCUGCAACAGUGGCCAGCACAGCUAUAGCUGCUGCACAGUGGGCUGUCACCCAGACUGCUCAGAAUGGAUCAGGUGGAGGCCAGAGUGUAGAUACAGCAAUCUAUCAGCAGGGGGCAGCAGUAGCAUAUAGUCAAGAAGGAAAUGAAUACUGUGGGCAAGAUGGCACAACUUUCAAGGCCCAGGCAGAUGCCAGGGUUGCUGCUUUGCCCAGUGCAGGAGCAGCCCUGAUGGGGGCAUACACAGGAGGAGCAGCCCCAGUCACCGUUUCAUCUGAGGCAGUGACGUCUGGAUCAGCAGUCGUGCAGCAGCUUCCCACUCACACACAGACUGCUCUCACCACAGCGACCACCACACCAGUCACACAGGUUGAGAUAGUAGGGAAACCACAACCAGCUGCUCCCAGCCAACCUGCUACUCCGGGCACUGAACAUGAGCUGCAGCAAUAUCCUGUGCCAGAUGUGUCCACAUACCAAUAUGAUGAAAGUUCUGGCUACUAUUAUGACCCUCUCACAGGACUAUACUAUGACCCUAACUCCCAGUACUACUACAACCCUCACACUCAGCAGUACAUGUACUGGGAUGGAGACAAGCAAACCUACAUUGCUGCAGCCACUGACCAGGCAAACACUGAAGGUCCUCCUGUGAGCGCAGCACCUUCAGACUCACUGUUUGCUUCUCCUGGCAGCAAGGAGAAAAAAGAUAAACCUAAGAAUAAAACUGCUCAACAGAUUGCCAAAGACAUGGAGCGCUGGGCGAAGAGUCUCAACAGACAUAAGGAGAACAUGCGUUCUGUCUCCUCAUCCACUGCCGUCAGCUCCACAACACUACCACCUGGGUACACUAGAGUACCUGGCCAUAGUCGCCUAGAUGACCGCAGAGAAUCUGCUAGUGCCGACGCGGGCUAUGCUGUUUUGGAGAAAAAGGGGGCACUGUCUGAGCGGCCUCAAAUGUUUCUUGACCAGAUUCGUCAAAGUACCGAACACUCCCCACCUCAGCAGCAGGGUCUGGUUCCAGCCUACAGUGGAGAAACUGACAGUGAGGAAGAAGGAGGUGGUGAGAGAGAUGAGAGGGAAGGGAGAAUGACAGACUGGGUUAAACUGGCCUGUCUGCUGUGCAGGAGACAGUUCCCCAGCAAGGAGGCCCUCAUCAGGCACCAGCAGCUCUCUGAGCUACAUAAGCAAAACUUGGAGCAAAGAAGAAUCCAGCAGGAAACUGCAGGAAAAGAGAGACUUUCAGAUGGCCCUGAAGCUCCUGAUCCUAAGAGGAGGAAGUUUAGCCCCAUUGAUGGGAUCAGAGGCACUAGUCUCGGUGCCAGGAUGCUACAGGGAGGCGUGAAAAAGGGGCUUCUACUGCGAAAUAUGCAAGUGGAGUGAACCAUUCCGCCAAAGUCCCAUCCUCCUGAUCCGUACAGGACAACGACAGAGCCUAGCACACAACACUUCACAGUUAACAUCAUAUAGAUAUCUAUAGCUAAACCUCUUAAUUUUGGUUUGACAUCACAAUUACCUCAACAGUGGUACCACUCAUGAACUGAUCCUGUAGCAGUGGACAUCAGGAUGUUGCACAGAAUGCACUUUUUUUGUUUUUCUUCCUGAAUGAUGCAGUUUUGAGUUCUCACUUGCUUCAGAGCUUGUGUGCGAGAUGAACAAGCUUUUGUGAUUGGGAAACAUUUGCUGUUGGAAAUUGAAAGAUCUUUAUAGAUCUUUAUGGCAGCAAAUGGGGUUUUCUAAUAUUACUGUCUAUGCACCAUAGAUUUUUAAAAAUAUAAUGCUACAUGCCUCGUCAUUCAAUGAAUGACUGAUCUGGGUAUGAACUGUGUAUACAUUUAGAAGAGAUUGGCCUCAUGAAAUGGACAGGGUCAUACUAGUGAGAUUGUAGAUGAAGAGUGUCUCAGUUUGUUAUAUUGCAACUAUAAAUUCACAGUGUAAUAGUUAUGUAUGGAGAAAGUUUUUUUCUGUAUUUGUUAAAUAAUGUGACUGUAUAUCAUCAAACUCAUGUAAAUUAACUAAAAAUAACACAUUUUCAUCAUUA